CUGAGUAGCUGGGAUUACAGGCGCCCACCACCCACCAUGCCCAGCUAAUUUUUGUAUUUUUAGUAGAGACAGGGUUUCACCAUAUUGGCCAGGCUGAUCUUGAACUCCUGACUUCAAGUGAUCCACCUGCCUUGGCCUCCCAAAGUGCAGGGAUUACAAGCGUGAGCCACCACGCCCGGCUUGUCCUUUUGGUUUUGAUGGGAGUCUGAGGACCCCGACUCCUCCGGCUCUCCAUCUUUGAGCUUCUAGCAUCCUCUCACACCCAGAAAUCAGUUGGAGUAAGUCUGAUUGGCCCUGCUCCAGCUGGCCUUUGAAGCACAAGUUUGAAUCUCCACCUUCUGUGCACUGACCAGAGUCUAAAAUAAAAGCUGUCAGUACCAUAAAGGAAAAGGGAUCCACACAGGUAGCCUUGUCAUUGCCUACAGGUACAUCUUACUUUAGAAUUUCAAGUGCUGGCCGGGCUCAGUGGCUCACUCCUGUAAUCCCAGCACUUUCGGAGACCGAGGCAGGCAGAUCACUUGAGGUCAGGAGUUCAAGACCAGCCUGGCCAACAGGGUGAAACCCUGUCUCUACUUAAAAAAAUACAAAAAUUAGCUGGGCGCGGUGGCACUCAACUAUAAUCCUAGCUACUCAGGAGGCUGAGACAGGAGAAGCACUUGAACCCACAAGCCAGAGGUUGCGAUGAGCCGAGAUUCUGCCACUGUACUCCAGCCUGGGCAAUACAGCAAGACUCCGUCUUAGAAAGAAAGAAAAAAAAAAAGCAAAAUUUGAGAAUUUCAAGUCCCUAAUUCACUCUAACCAAACAUUUUCAGUCUUACAAAGAAACCCAGUGCACGACACCUUUAAAAUGCCUAGAUUUCCAUUGCCUAAAGUAAGGUGUGGCCAGGGAAAGAACAGCAGGGAAUCAUGUUCCUUUGCUGUGGAACACAUAAGCCCCACAGUUUUCCAGUCAGCCUAAUACAUGGGUAUCCCCCACCCCCAUCUGCCUCCUUAAGCCUCAGUCCUUAGUGGGGAGCCCUGACAAGGGGGAUGGAGUCAGUACCCCGGACAGGGCCACAUUUGCAUGAGACACAGCUGUCUCACAAGGAGGUCACAGAGCCUCUACGCCAGCUUACUGGUUUUUCAUGGAUUUGUUGGAUUAACACUGUAAGCAGGUUUUGUUUUCGUUGUUUUGUUUGUUUGUUUUGAGAUGGAGUUUCUCUCUUGUCGCCCAGGCUGGAGUGUAAUGGCACGAUCUCAGCUCACUUCAACCUCUGCCUCCCAGGUUCAAGCGAGUCUCCUGCCUCAGCCUCCCGAGUAGCUGGGAUUACAGGCACCCGCCACCACGCCCAGCUAAUUUUGUAUUUUUAGUAGAGAUGGGGUUUCUCCGUGUUGGUCAGGCUGGUCUCAAACUCCCGACCUCAGGUGAUCUGCCCGCCUCAGCCUCCCAAAGUGCCAGGAUUACAGGCAUGAGCCACUGUGUCCGGCCUUAAGCAGGUUUUUAAAAUCUCCAGUGGCCAUAAAACAAGCCAGGGUAGCUCAUGCUUUUACUGGUUGGAAUAAGGAGCCAAAACCAACAAAAUAAUAUUUAUUAGGGCUCAAUGCCCAUUUCUAUGGCUAAAGCUUAGGUUUGGUGUGCAGAACCUGGCCUACUUUUGUGGGCUGUGGUUCCUGUGACAGUUUCGUUUUCUGAAUCUUUGUAAUGCUUUUCCACGUGCUGCCCAGAGGCUGAUCUGCAAACCUGCGCAGUAUUCCACACUGAAGCUCAGUUUGCAGACCUUUUGUGUGUUAAUUCUGGUCGGUUUCACACAGAAGUCACGAGGGCCUCUACCCAGGACCUCCUAUUCACAUUUCAAGAAUCCCUUUCUGAAAUUAUCCAAGUCUCUGGUCAGGAGGAGGAGCACCAGUGGGGUAGGGUGGGCGGCGGCUAGAGGGGCAGGAGCGAAUCCAGGUUCCUUGUGUGGUUUCCAGCCUCUGCUGACAGCACCUCAGCUACCAGGUGGGGAGUGGAAAUUCAGGCUGCUUAGAGGACUGACCUCUACAGUUAAUAUUUGCAGUGACAUAAAAGGCAAAGAGGGGCUGGCAUGGUGGUACAGAAGGUAUCAGUCAAGCGCAGGCUCCUCAGAAACCUAGAAACCAAAAAGCAGAUGCGACAUGUGACUGGCCAUCAGCCAGACAUGUCUAGGGUGAGACCAGUGCUCAGCACCACCUGCCAAAGGACGCUGAUGAGUUGUGGGACAUAAUGAUCUGCCAAGUGAGGAAUGACUGCAGGGACCGGAGAAGACCAAAGAUGCCACAUGUCCCAAGAGUUUCUUGAGGGCUGGGUUUCACAUCUCUGAUUGUCCUUUUUGUCCCCACCUGCCUGCACCGUGCCUGACUCCAUCUUGUGGGGAAGGUGACUCAAGAAGUUUAAGCCCAGGCCUAGGCAGUCCACCUCGGGAGGUGGGGGCACUCCACCCUGGGGGGCCUGCAGCUCCAGGGCUGGUGCUCUAGCAGAUCCACUCAGGCACGGUUGGGUGACUGGGGGGUCACCGAUUGGGUAGAUUAUUUCUAUGGCAGUGCUGGGUUAGAAAUGUCUGCCAGUGGGUCUGUCUGGAAACGGGACACAUCUUCCCACCACAAGUCCACACCUGGCCUCGGCUGCUGCCCGCUCUCUGCAACGUGGACUUCCUUUGCCCAUUUGGGCCAGAAGGUCACCAGGAGUUCAUCAUCACUGCUUGGUGUCAACUUGACAUCUUCAGCUUCCAGACAAAAUCUACACUUUACUUUGUACAGCCCUGUCCCAGAGUUAGUGACCCUCAGCUUGUCACCUGCUUGCAAAGGGUAUAGAUGUCGUCCUGGGUAGUUCUAGAGGAUAUCUCAGCAAGUGCGUUUGAAGGUUCAGCACAGCUGGAAUUGUAUGGUAGUGAGCUCUUCAGAGUGAAAACAGAAUGACCGGAUGGCCAUCUGUCCUGGAAACUGAAGAGUUGAACAAAUCACUGAAAAUAGAACGCUUCGUGGAGGUUUUCUUCAGAAGUGAACUAGAAGUAAGUUUUCCAGGCUCCCAGGUCAGUAGACCAAACCAACUUCCUUCGAUUUUUUUUCUUUUUAAAGCUGUUUGCAGAAAACUGGGUGGUAGCAUGUCUGAACCAAAUGGAAGAAGAGCCAGCGGAGCGUGCACUGUUCCAGCUCGGGCCACAUGGCCAACUGUCGAGAGCAGCCCUGCCCAGACUGCAGUGGGAGCUGUGCCAGCAGCUCCGCAGGGCCCUUCCAACUCUGGAGUGUCUGUAGUUCUUGUGAAACCAAAACGUUGACUACCUGCCUCUUUCCUCGGGCAUCGACGUGCUCAUUUCCAAAGAUGAUGGUGCAGGUGACCUUUUCCAUCGUGAGCCAGGAGAAGGUUAGGAGGCCUGAGGGGCAGGCGUUGCGUCCCCUCCUCCCCCUCCAUAGCCCCCGAGGUGGAGCUUCCCUCACAGACCCCAUCUGGUCGAGCCUACGGCUGCCCAGUGUACACUCAGUGAUGCUUAUACCAAAUAGGGCAUGUGUGCUGGUGUCUGUUGGGGACAGCCCCAUCCCUACCUUGGAGAAUUGCAGAGAAGCAGCAAUAAGCAUUAGGCGAAUGAUUGAAAGGACUGCUGGGCCGAGAGGCCUUCAGUCCCCUUACGUGGCUUUCCAAGUUCCUGAUGAGGCUACAAAGGCUCCACUCAUAAAAGAAAGCCAAUAGUGUAAAUAAAUUAAGAACGAAGCCUCCACGCGUGAUUUUUAAGGGGGAUGAUGAAUGUGAAACCACCCACAGAAUGCGUUAGAGUCUGGUUUUUCUGUGCUUUGUCAUUUUACUCUGAUAGGAACUUUUGUUACCUAACUCUGUGCAUAACUUAUUUAAUGUACUGUAUAAAUGAACCAAAACUGUUAAAUAUGUAUUUAGUUUGUUCUACUUAAAGUAGUCAAUAAAAAGGCUAUAUUCCUU